AUGCAUCAACUGCAUCAGGGUCCAAGCUAUGACGUUUCCGUUGUUAUGUGGGUUGCCAGACAACGCGUGUUUAGCACAUGGGUUUAUCCCGCUAGACCACUUCGCUGCUGUCCUGGUCUUCAUAUCUUCUUCUUGAAAUGUUGGCUUAAAUAA